AAUAACCUUGAAACACCAUGCAUGUUGAGAGAAAAAAACACAACUCCAUCCUCCACACAUCCACUGGGAAAAAAAUGAUGAGUAUGUUGUCACAUUUACUGUCCUGCAUCAACAAUUCGCAUACCUAUAGUCACCUGAUCAGAACGAUGUGCAAGAGAAAAAACCAGUGAGUUCAACCAAUCACAAACAGCCUUCGUCUCCUAUAAGAGUAAAGAGAGCGUCCGCCAACACACAGGACUCAAACUGCAGAGCUUCAGGGAUGAUGCUGCUUUGGAGUUUGCUUGUGCUUCUUGGGGAAAUCUGUCAGGUGCCAGCUGUAGGCAAGGACACAAGUAUAACUCAGGAUAGUGGGAUCAUAACUGCUAACGUCGGGGAGACAGUGACUUUGAAAUGUACUUGCAAGGACGAAUCCGUAACUUUCCUCUCCUGGUACCAGCAAAUCUUGGGAGGCAAGCCUGUGAUCAUAUCUAAUCGAAUGAGGAACUCAGAUGCUACCAUCUCCCCGGGGUAUAAAGAAAGGUUUGCAAGUAUUGCAAAUCCUAACGGAGGCAUCAACGAUCUGUUAAUCAAAGAUCUUCACUCGGCCGAUUCAGGAAAUUACUACUGUGGGGUUUUAGUCUUCAAUGCCAUCGAGUUCGGAAAAGGAGCUUUCCUUCAUGUCAAAUCAUCCAACUUCACCGCAGUGGUCCAUCAGCCAGCAUUGGAGCCACUUCGGGCGGGAGACUCUGUGAAUUUGAGAUGUUCAGUAUAUGCUAGAGAAUGUGAAGAGGAGCAGAGCCUCUACUGGUUCAGACAUGAUGCGGCUCAGCCUGCAAUCAUGUAUCCCAGUGCCGGACAGUGUAAAAAUCCCUCUGAAGAAGGGACUGGUAUGACAAAUUGCACUUUACAACUCGCUUUAAAAUCUGUGAGGUCCCCGGAUGAAGGGAUGUACUACUGUGCGCUGGCCUCCUGUGGGGAGAUCGUGUUUGGAAACGGAACCAAAGUGGAGAUUUUAAGAGAUUCACCCAAACUGCUCCUGGUGUAUUGCCUCAGUUUGGCAUUGGCUGUUUCCAUUAUCGCACUCCUCACCUUGGCUUACAUUAUGUACAAGUUGAAAAAAAAGUCAUGCACCGUCUGCAAAGGUACUGUUUCUCAUCAGGCGUGUUCAGCUUCUAAUAAUGCGAGCCAAGAUGCAGGCAUUCUCCAUUAUGCUGCUCUGAGUCUGAACAGAAGCAGAGAACGACCUCACCAAGAAGACAACGUGGAAGGCGUUUGUGUCUACUCUGGAGUAAAGAGCAGGAAGGUGUGCAGUACCAAACUAUCUCUUCUUCCUGUCAAUCCACCGCAAGACAACAACACUUGACUACCGUUCAGUAUUAAAAAAUGUUGAAAGAAAAUAAA